AAAUGACAAGCUUACUUCGCAAAUGUAAUACGUUAUGCAACCAACUGUUAAAGGGUUGCACAUCUAAUGUCUCAGUUAUGCCACGGAGAUGGCUUAAUGAUAUGGAGAAAUCCACCAUGACUGUUGUGAAUGAAGACACAAGUGUGGGACUCCUGAUCAAUUCCUAUAGCCGGGCAGGCUUCCGACUUAGCAAUGGAAUGAUGGCAAUUGGGCCAAUAGCAAUAUUUCCAAAAUCGGUUCUGAGCUGGAAUGUCAACACUGCCGAAGACAUCAACGAGGAUUCGCUAUCGCUAUUUUACACGUUGGAGCCAAAAAUUGAUAUACUUGUGAUUGGGGUAGGCAAUCCUGGUCAACAAGUAAGCCCCAAAAUAAUUCAAUACAUGAAAGAAAAACACAUCAGCCUGGAAAUUUCUCCAACUGAAACAGCGUGCGCAACCUACAACUUCCUCAAUGCUGAAGGACGAUGUGUCGCCGGUGCCCUCAUUCCUCCAACACAAUACCGAAUAAAUGAGGACGAUAUCGCUUCAACCAAGAGGAGAAACCGAGAACUGAUGAAAGUAAAGGACUAUGAAAUCGUCUAAUAGCUUAAAACCUUUGUAGAACAAUUACCAGAUAUACAUAAAUCGACAAAA